UCUAUGACUCUCACACACACACACACACACACACUCCUGAAGAGCAGCACACAUGAAGACGGAGGGCGCGGCGCAAGCGGCGCCGGUCCACGGGAGGAAGCAGAGUCUGAUCGAGGACGCGCGCCGGGAGCGCAGCGGCUCCGCGGGCUCCCCGGGGCCCUGCCGCUGCGGGGAAGGGCCCGUGUUCGAGGAGGAGGAGGGCGGCAGGGCCACCCUGAACGUGCUGUUCGCGCUCAGCGGCGAGAAGAACGCGGGGUUCUUCAAAACCGGGAAAAUAUUCGAGACGUUUGAGGCUAAACUCCUCCACAUCGAGAGCCGACCGGGGAGGAAGUCGAAGAACAGCACGACGGACCUGGAGUUUUUCAUGAGGUGUGAAGUGCACAGCUCCGACCUGGACGUGUUCAUCAACGCCCUGAAGAGGGUCGCCGACGACGUGCGCUCGCUGCCCGAGGAAAAAGUUCCCUGGUUUCCUCAACAGAUAAAAGACCUGGACAGAUGCAACAUGUUAAUAACCAAAUUUGAUCCAGAUAUGGAUCAGGACCAUCCGGGAUUCAGCGAUCCUGAAUACAGAAAAAGACGAGCUUUCAUCUCCGAGCUCGCCUUCAGAUACGAGCAGGGAGACCCGCUGCCCACCGUGGAGUACACGGCAGAAGAAGUGUCCACAUGGAGGGAGGUUUACCGGCAGCUGAGGAGCAUCUACCCGAGUCUGGCCUGUCGUCAGUUCCUGGACAGUCUGCAGCAGCUGGAGGAGGAGUGCGGCUACGGAGAGGGCCGCAUCCCUCAGCUCCGGGAGGUCUCCGCCUUCCUGAAAGAGAAGACGGGUUUCCAGCUGCGUCCGGUCGCCGGCCUGCUGUCGGCCAGAGACUUCCUCGCCAGCUUGGCCUUCCGGGUGUUUCAGUGCACACAGUACAUCCGACACCCCUCAGCACCCAUGCACUCCCCCGAGCCAGACUGCUGUCACGAGCUGCUCGGACAUAUUCCCAUGCUGGCAGAUAAAGAAUUUGCCCAAUUUUCACAGGAGAUUGGACUCGCCUCCCUCGGAGCUUCAGAUGAGGACAUUGAGAAACUGUCGACGCUAUAUUGGUUCACUGUGGAAUUUGGCCUGUGCAAGCAGAACGGAACGGUGAAAGCGUACGGCGCUGGACUGCUGUCGUCCUACGGUGAGCUCGUGUACGCUCUGUCCAACGAGCCGGAGUACAAGCCGUUCGACCCGGAGGAGACAGCGGUGCAGCCGUACCAGGACCAGACCUACCAGCCCGUUUACUUCGUGUCCGAGAACUUCGAGGACGCGAAGAUUAAGUUGAGGAGAUACUCCAGAACCAUCAAGCGUCCCUUUGCGGUGCGCUACGACCCGUUUACCUGCAGCGUGGAGGUUCUGGAUCAACCCGGCAAGAUCCAAAACGCCCUGAGCCAGAUGAGAGAGGACCUGAAGACCCUGCACGGCGCCUUGGAGAAGCUCGGCUCGUCGUAGGGGACCGGGACGUGACUUUCUGUGGAGAUGAGACACACGGGACACGUGCAAGCAAAUGGACGGAUAUUUUGUACGAGACCAAAAGAAUUAUAAUAACCACAAUAUAGUCAGGUUUGUGAGGUUCCACAGAGCCAUUUAUUUGUGUGUAUGAUGUAUUAUGUGCUGCGAAGAUCAUGUACAAAGAAAUAAACUUUUAUUUUCACGAAUGCGUCUCUUCGA